CACGCCCAUACGUUUACUGAACCAGAAAUCCAGUGAAUGGAAUAUCUUCCCGAGAAAUUUACCGGUUCGUUUCGUAUGGAAACAUUGGAUCAAGCAGCAAAUUUCCAAAACUGCACGUUUCCCUUUAAAAUGGAAUUUCGACAACUACAGUUGUAGUGGAUGGCAGGCAUCCUGCCAGCAUGCCACAUCAUUUUAAGCCUCAAUCUUUUCUCUGAUUAUCUUCAAAUUUUCCACUGCUGAUCCAAAGCGAGCCAGCAAACGCAUGUCGCGAAUCAGGACAACACUUGACAGUGUCACCAAAGCAGUCGGCAGCACCGACCUCAUCUCCAAGUUCUCCCGCCUCAAGCCUGGCAGCGCCGCAGUUGACAGCACCCAUGCUGAAAAAGCUCUUGUCAAAGCUGAGAUCUUAACCUCCAACAACACAGCUGCUGCCCCGCCACCUGAAACCACCAUGAAGGAAGAAGACGACGAAUUAGGGGAGAGGAAUUCAGCAGAGGAAGAGCCGGUCAAAGAAAACCCCUUUGUUUCCACAAAGAAGCCCACGUCUAGUUUAGCUUCUGCAGCGACUGCGUCGGCAGCGAGCUCUUCCUCGACUGUAGCGAAGCAAACAAUGCAGCUGUUUCACCCAGCAGCUCUGUCCACAAACAUGGAUGAGACCUACAGAACUCUGGCUCAGCAUAUCAACAGCUACUUUGGCACCAGUUCAUCUGUUGAAGGAGGAGACCAGAAGCAGAAAGAAUCAGAUGAUUCAGCACCUGAGUCCAUUCUCAGCGCCAUUCCUCAAAGAGUUGAGGACCACAUUCCCGUUUUGUCUCCAGUGGCAGAAACUAAAAGUAGUGAAGCAUCCAUUACCUCUCAUUCUUCAGAAAAGCUACCUUCUCCAGUAGAAAAACCCUCUUCUGACACCCCUGCAGCUGAAAGUGCUCCAAAGUCCACGCCGGCGCUGGUCACCUCACCUAAAAAAGGCUUCACCCAGUAUCUCUCCUACCCUCGGCCCAGCGUUCAGGCGUUUGUGGGCAGCUACAUCGCACCUCUGGUCCCCAAAUUCAGAGGCGAUUCUAAGAGUGUGGCAGCUGAAAAAGACAAGCCAUCAGCGGUCGUUCUAGAUGAGACAACUGUGGACAAAGAAAGAGAAAAGGCAGAAAGUGAAGAGGAGGAAGCAAAAAAAGCAAAGCAGCUUUUAUCUCAAAGAGAGAAGAUCAUAGCCAGAGUGAGCGUAGACAACAGGACCAGAGCUCUAGUUAAAGGCCUGCAGAGAGUCACAGAUGUCAAACUCCUCACCAGUCGAGUGGAGGAGCUCAGCUUUCACCUUCUGGAGUUCCCCGAGACAAGAGGUGUUGCCAUCAAGGAGAGUGUGCUGCCCUCCCUGUUGCGUUUGCGCCAAGCUAGAGACCUUCCUCUUCAGGCUGCUGUGAGAGAAGCUCUGUCCCUGGUUGGCUACACCGACCCGGUCAAAGGCAGAGGGAUUCGGGUCCUGGCCAUAGACGGAGGAGGGACAAGGGGUCUUCUGGCCUUGCAGACGCUCCAUAAACUUCAGAAUCUAACUGGGAAACCAGUCCACCAGCUAUUCGACUAUAUCUGUGGAGUCAGUACAGGCGCCAUUUUGGCUUUCAUGCUGGGAAUUUUCCAGAUCCCGUUAGAGGAGUGUGAAGAGAUGUACAGGAAGUUGGGUGCAGAUGUGUUCAAGCAGAAUGUCAUAGUUGGGACUGUGAAAAUGGGCUGGAGUCACGCCUUCUAUGACAGUGAAAUAUGGGAAAACAUUCUCAAAGAGAGGAUGGGUGAGGGGAUAAUGAUUGAGAGUGCCAGGGAUCCAAACUGCCCUAAAGUGUCAGCAGUGAGUGCCAUUGUGAACAGGGGUUUACCACUGAAGGCCUACGUGUUCAGGAACUACAGACUCAUGCCAGGAGUGAGAUCCCACUACCUCGGAGACUGCAAACACAAAAUGUGGCAGGCCAUCAGGGCUUCAUCUGCCGCCCCGGGAUACUUCCAGGAAUUUGUCCUGGGAAAAGAUCUUCAUCAGGAUGGAGGGCUUCUCAUCAACAACCCCACAGCGUUGGCCAUCCAUGAGUGUAAGUGUCUGUGGCCCAACACCCCGCUGCAGUGUGUGCUGUCUCUAGGAACCGGGCGCUACGAGACGACCGGCAAAAACAACACGACUUACACGAGUCUCAAGGCGAAGCUCACCAACGUCAUCAGCAGCGCCACGGACACAGAGGAGGUGCACACCAUGCUCGAUGCCCUCCUCCCUCCCGACACCUACUUCCGCUUCAACCCCUACAUGACCGAGGACAUCCCGCUGAACGAGAACCGCGUGGAGAAGCUUAACUUCCUCAAAGGCGAGGGCGAACGCUACUUGGAGCGCAACGAGGCCAAGCUGAGGAAGGCGGCCAGCGUGCUGGGCCAGGAGAAGAGUACCAUCCAGAGGGUGGCCGAGUGGGCCAAGCUCAAGGCCGACAUGUACGAGGGGCUGCCCUUUGUAUCCAAGCUCUAAGCGCUGUGAGUGACCACAGGAGUUUUAUAAGGUAAGAGGGCAUGGAGAGUAGAAACUGGUGGAAAACGGAGCAAAUGGGACAUUUUUUAAAAGCAUCUCAUGAGGCAGUUUGAAACAAAAUGCCAAAUUAUGUUUUAUUAUUAUAAACUUAAUUCUGUAAGGAAUUUAAAGAAGAGGAAGGCUAUAAACAUGUGUUUCAAAGGACUUUCAAAUAAAGUGAAUUACAGGAUGGAUACAGAAUAGUAUGCUCUGAAAAGAAACAGGACUGAUCUGAGGAAAGGUGUCUGUUUAGACUGAAAAGUGUCGGCCUUGGGCGCAGAAAGACAUUAUUGAGGUUUUGAUGCACAUCUUGAAUUAAUGUUAAUAGAAAAAGUAGAUAUUUUGUACAGAAAUAGAACUGAUAAUCCUCUACAUUUCACUGACUUGAAUACAAGAUUGCACAGUGGGAACUGAAACGUGACUGCCUAUUUUUAACACUGUACAGCAGACGGACCUCAUGCACUUUGUAAAGUAGGAUUCUUAACUACACGGUGUAAAUAAUACUUGACGUACUUAUAAUUUAUUUGAGUGAAAUUAAAAACAUAUGAAAUAAAUACUGCUAAUUAUUCAUUUCAUGCACCUGUAACAGCAUAAACUCUUCUGGUACGAGUGAAACAGUACCAGCAUGUUGUGCAGAGCAUGUUUUCUAUUGUGGCCAUAUUAUAAAGCUGACAAAGCUUUUGCCUUCAACCUUGCUUAAGCCUGAGGUGUAAAAUCCUAGUUGUCAUUCCUCUUGGCUUUGUUGCUUC